CUUUCACUCAUUUUAUAUGGGUAUUUUUUGUUCGAUAAUAAUAAUGUUCGUUUGAUACACACUUACGACAGGUACUACGGGGCCUACACAGUUGGCUGUUUCGUACCAGUAAAUAUGUUUAUACUUGCUCGGUCAAAUGCAUAAUUCACUACUUGUGAUUAUGUAAUGUCUGGAUGUUCAUAUGUGUUUCUUAGGUGGCAUGAUCAGCUCUGUACCCAUUCCGCCACUAUGGACCGUCUAUUAUCGCGUGAUGGUGUAAGAGAGGCAAAGAGUCUGGAUUCUACCGAUAAAUCUAUUUUGGGGAGCUCAUCUUUUCAUGUCGGCUGUAGUGAAAUGACUCUUAUGAGGCCACUAGAUGAAACUAGGACAACACUCUGUGAGUCGGGAGGUGGAAAUGGGUUCGUACUUCAAUCUUCUUCCGGUCAUAACAGUGAGAAAGAGUCUGAUAUGCAGCCUUCUACUCCAAAGCUAUCGGCUAAGCCGCUGGAUGCUGUUUUCCAAGAUGGAGGUAUGGAUCCGAUAGGAUUGUCACCCAGAAUGACAAUGGAGGAUCGUAUUUUGAAGAGGCAAAGCUUCUUACGCAGUAGUAUGAAGCUAGAUUCGUUUAAUAUUGAUGAUCUAGCGGAAUCACCAAAUAAAACAAUCGAUAUCGAUGACGUGUUAACGGCCUCAUCAAUGAAAUCAUGCAGCAGGGCGUUGCGAACGCCAGGGCCAUUCUCAGGACAACGUGGAGAUGCUGUUGGUGAUUCAUGUGAUAGAUGUGUGCCACACAAAGGGGAUGAGUACGUUAAUAUCAGUGACGAUGUGAUCAAGAACCCUGUAUUGGCCAGCUCUUUAAGGACCAUACGAAUGCUAGAUGCAACUGAUGAUGAAGCAGUCAGAUCUCGAGAGGUAUUGGGAGCAUCCAGAUGCUGGACAGAUAUGUUCGGCUAUGAUGGCCAUGGUCUAUCGGGAGGAGCAGAAGAAGAUUACGAUGAUAUACUUGCAACCCAAACACCUGUACGCAAUUUAAGAAGAGAUUCUCAACCGGCCGAGGCUACGUCGUCAUUCGUUCGUAUGGGUCGUGGACAUAAGAAUGGGCGUCGUGAUGUGUUAGAUGUUUCAAGUCUCAAAGGCACUCCUCAACACGUACCUGAUGUUCCCUUGAGUGCCAGUAGAUCGCAGAACAAGUAUGGACAAGCUAUGUUUGUAACCGGUAAUGCAUAUGAUUUGGACGCAUUCGGGGGCGCGAGGAUUGAUGACAUGCGCAAAGAGGAUGUCAAUCCGAUGGCAUAUUCCACAUUGCCCAAAGUCAUGAUAUCGGAUCCCAGGAUGGGAAAGCAUUUGUCGUUGCUCUACAAACACUUCAAAAACAUGGCUACUUUUAUCAGGCGUUCAUCUAUGCGCAAUGACAAACCAUAUUUCAAGGUAGUCCAGUUAAUGGUGCAAAGAAUGACAAGAAAGGAUUUUACACUAGAACAUCUGAGGCAGAUGGCAUGGCUUGCUCCUAACCUGAUUUCUUUGAAAUGGGUAAGCAUCGGUGAUAGCGUCCGAAGGAGAUACAAGACGGAGUAUGAUGACUGUCGAGGAGAUAAUGUCAACGAUAUUCAGAUCCGUAUCCAUAAACUGGAUGGGAGAAUAUGUUCAUCCAAUAGUGACUUCGAUAAUGCUUGUACCGCGUUCAAAGGGAUCAUAUGCGCCUGGGUAUCUCGUUGUGAGGCAGAGUAUAUUGAAGGCAGGGGCUCUAAUUGUGGUUUCGACCCCGAUAUGUCACUGCCUAUACCCUUGGUGGCAUUGCCUACCAAACAAAGUAAUAUCGUUAUCCCUGAUGACAUAUCAUCUGCUACGACUUCCACGCCUAAGAAAACGAUGGACAAAUCAGCUACAGUACACCUUUCGGAAAGAUAUCAAUCAACGAAGCUGUUUGAAUCAAUGGGACACUCUUAUAAUGAAGCCAACCAAUUGUCGACGCAUAAGCCGUCGGCAUCUCCGUAUGGUAUGUCUACAAGUGACCAUGUAUAUGCAUAUGAAAAUGAUAAUCUGGCUUCCACAUCUACCAAGAGGAAGCGAGAUGAAUCUGUGCUAACAGUAACUACAGCUCUCCUUGAUACACCUGGUAUGUGGCGUAUUAGGAAUAAUGCUAAGCGCUUAUCUGAUACAUAUAAGACUGGGUGUGUUAAAGAGCGUGAUUUGCUAUAUUGGAAAGGUGUAAGACGCUUUAUUAAUGCUCUAGUUGAUUUGUCAAUAUCUGAGGAUCGGCCGCCACUGUUACGGUUGGAAUGGUUAGCUGAGUUUAUGACUAAGAAUGGGAGAUCCAGGGUAACUUUUGAGAACGUUCUUGAAUGGUCAAGCAUGUUAGCAUCGAUAUCUCCAGACACCAUAAAUUUAGGCGUGUCUAAGUUUGACGAUUACAGCACGGUGUUGACGUUGCCUCCCUCUCCAAGGUUUGAAAACGCAAUACACUUUGUAGAGCAGAAAAUAAAUACAUACAACAAAUGAAGUAUGCAUUUUAGCGUGGACCGAAGCCUCGCUUU